UAGUGUGUGUGCUUAACGUUUUGUGGCUGUGUCUUGUGUGUCUGGCAAAUGCCCUCAACUUUGUCAAACUGAUUCUUAUAUAUGUAUUUUCGCGAUUAAUGCGCAUGAAUUUAAUUUUGAGAAAUAAAAAUUGAAUGCAAGUUGUCUGUUUUUCCUAUGGUUUUAAAAAUCGGUAUGGGCGGCGACUCAGUCCUUUAAAUCCGAUUGAUAUGACUCAAAUCAUUUGCAACUGUUUUAAAUAGAUUAAAACCAAUUUGUAUCGAUUUAAAUUAGUUUAAAUCUGUUAAAUUAAGCAAUAAUGUUAGUAAGAAUUCUCAAAUUUGUCUAGUUUAUUUUGUUUGUAUAUCUAAUUUUGAUAAUUCAUCAAAAUUAUUCAACUCAAAAUUGAAAUAUUUUAUAUAAAUAAAAAUAUAUAAAAUAAAUCAAUAAUUUGACAAAGUCUAAGCCUCGCUUAGCUUCGAAUAAUCCGUCUAGUCGCAUCUCAUCUACAAAGUGAUUAGUUAUCACCUAACGAUUUCUUAAACAUUGGUUUUCCCGUUUUCCAUUCUUGAUUAAGUACAAAAUGUUUGCUUUUCUUCUGACUUAUAACCAACACUGAUAAAUAAGGAACAACAACUAAAAUGGAUUAUAAGAGCAUGUUCAACGGAAAUAUCCAUAAGAUAUCUCACACUUAAAAGAAAAAAAAAAGAGAAUAUGAGAGAAAUAGGAGAGAGGCAUGAAAAAGAUACUCUCUAUUAUAGAUAGCACUUAGGGUUCAAUUGGUAAUAGAUGUAGCUUAAAAAAUUUGUUGUAGAAAAAUAUUUGUAGAUUUUUUGCUGUGGCUUUAAUUUUUAUUUCUGUAGAUUGACUCUGGAAAGCACUUUUACAGCUGUGGGUUAUUUUUAGAACUGUGAUUUUAAUUUUUUUUAUUAAAGCUUGAUUGCUUGAUGUAAAUGGUUGCCAAUCACACCUUAGUAAAUGGUUUACACCUUUAAUAAUCUUUUUUAUUUAAUUAAAUAACUAAACUAUUAGUAAAUAAUAAUUUUAUUUGUUUAGAAAUUGAGUUGAAAUACUUGAGUGAUGAGGAAUGAGGUUGCUUUAGCAUAGGCUCGUUAGCCAAUGGAGUAUGCAUGAGAUAAUCUAUGAUACUAUGCAUAACACCAGGCCCUUUUUAUGAUGAUUGUCAGGUCAAAGGUUUGGUUGUUGAUGCCUAUUAUUUCUCACAUCCAAGUGAACCAAGCAGCAAAGCAGAGGCGUUCCCAAUUUAAAAAAAAAAACGUGAGGAUCAUGAUUGGAUAUUGGAUUUUACAAAAAAAAAAUGAUUGGAUUCCGAUAAGAAUAGCGUUGACUUCUUUUUACAAAUCAAUAGAAUAUCAUGAAAUAAUCUGAAUUUGAUUAGAGCUUACAAACAUUAAUAGAAAUAAUAAAUCAUUUUCAAUUGUGCUUAAUUAUCCACGACCACACUAGGUCAACGUAAUCUAAGAGGUAUCGUUUUGGCCAAUGAUCCACGUUACAACAGUUGAAUACGCUUCCUGUUUUUUUUUUUUUAAUACAUUAGUUUUGAUGCGAAAGAACAAUUAAAAUUUAAAAUGGAGGAGUCGUCAACGUCGAUCAUACCCGGCUUGACGGACGACGUAGCGGCGCUCUGCCUCUCACGAAUCCCGCGCUCAAACUUUCGUGUCCUUUCUCAAGUCUGCCGGCGAUGGAAGACCUUCCUCAGGAGCGAGCAUUUCGCCGCUGUUCGGAAGUUGACAGGGACAAUGGAGGAGUUCAUGUGUGUUUUCAUGAAAAGCAUCCGUGGCAGAAAAGUGUAUUGGGAAGUUUUUGACAGCUCCGGGAACAACCUGGGACAGAUUCCUCCUUUCCCUGGGCCAUUGAAGCGGGGUUUCUGCGUCGCGGUGAUCGGUGGCGAGAAGAUCUUGUUCAUCGGUGGAUAUACGGGUAUGAAAUACUGGGACUUCAGUAGGAUUCCUCCCAUUGCUUCGGGUGAUAUUAACGAGUUCAGUCUUUCUACUAAAAGAAACCCUCCCCUUGCUUCGGCUGAUGUUUACGAGUUCAAUCCUGCUACUAACAGCUGGAGAAAACUGGCAGACAUGAACAUACCACGUUACGACUUUUCAUUAGCUGAAGUGGACGGCCUUUUGUAUGUGGUCCAAGGCUUUAGCAAUGAUGGUUAUUGCCUUUUCAACACUGAAGUAUACAACCCGCAAACCAACCAAUGGAGCCUUAUGGAUGGUCCCGUAGCGUUUCCCAUCGGCGGCUUCGCCUUCUCCUUCAAGUCCAAACUCUAUGCUGUAGCCAAUGGAUCCACCACCAUGAACAUAUAUGACCCCAAAACGGAGACAUGGGAAGAGUUAGAUUUGAAGCAAUUAUUGUCGGUCCAUUCCAACACUGUUGUGAGGAACAUAGUGUAUUUUUUGGACCAAAACUCUGGAUGUCUGGGAGUUUUUGAUCCGGAGGAGAAUUCAUGGACUGAUGAGUUUCUGCCUACGGUGGAGGGAGGUUACCGGUCCGGAUUAGGGCAAUGGAACAAUAAGGUUCUGCUGUUUUCACGGCUUUCUGUACGUGAGACCUUAAUUAAUGGUUUUGAUAAAGAGGAAGGAUUCAAGUGGAGAGAUUGUGAUCAGAUUAAACCAUCUGGUUCUUACUUAAUAGUUAAUACACGUUCUCAUCAACUUCUGAUUUCCUUCUCUGGCUCCAUCAUUUUGCCUAUAGUGUGUGUGUGUGUGUGGGUAACGUUUUGGGGCUGUGAGUCUUUGUGUGUCUGGCCACAAUGCCCGUCAACUUUGUCAAUGAUUUUUAUAUGGUUGGUGUGUAAUGAACUACUAAACUUGUGUGUGUGUGUGUUUUAAUGAUUAUUUCGCAUGGCUUUAGUUUUGAGAAAUAAAAUUUCAAUGAAAGUUGUCUGUUUUUCCAUUAACCA